GCCUCAGACCCGUGUAAAAUGAAUUUGAGGCGGAAUCAAACUCGACGGCGUGAACACAACCUCAGACUAACUUCAUGAAAGCGACUGAUUCGAGCUCAGGGGCUCGAUCAUGACUCAUGGCAGUGACUGCUGUACAACAGCAGAGGGUGGAGCGGAGGGUGACCAGCAGCAGCCUCUCAUUCUGGAGAGAGUGGAGAAAGAAGCGGGACAGAGCUGUCUAACCGGUGUGUUGCAUCGGCUGAAGAAGCACUGCUCCUGCACCCCGCAGAAGGCUAAAUCCAAAAUACUGGGCUUUUUCCCAAUUCUGAGAUGGCUGCCACACUACAAGGUCAGGGACUGGCUUCUGGGCGAUGUCAUGUCAGGACUAAUUGUUGGCAUCCUAUUGGUCCCCCAGUCCAUAGCUUAUUCCUUAUUGGCCAGUCAAGACCCUAUAUAUGGCCUCUACACCUCUUUCUUCUCCUCCAUCAUCUAUGCCCUCCUGGGCAGUUCCAGACACAUCUCAGUGGGGAUUUUCGGGGUGCUCUGCCUACUCGUGGGUCAGGUUGUGGACAGGGAGUUAGCUUUGGCAGGAUACCUGACAGAGAGCACCAGCAUCAGUAGUAACAACAGUGCUGCCUUGCUGGCCGGCCUGGGUAACGGCAGUGUCGGGGUGGAGUGUGACAGAAGCUGCUAUGCGAUCGCAGUGGGAGCCACGGUUACCUUUACUGCUGGGGUUUACCAGGUGCUAAUGGGCAUUUUCCAGGUAGGCUUCAUCUCCGUCUACCUCUCUGACUCCCUUCUCAGUGGCUUCGCCACAGGAGCCUCCCUGACCAUCCUCACUUCCCAGUUCAAGUACCUUCUGGGCCUGAAAAUCCCCAGGCCCCAGGGCUGGUUCACUCUGUUCAAGACCUGGUACAGCAUACUCACCAAUCUGGGGAAUGCAAACAUUUGUGACCUGGUGACGAGUUUGGUGUGUUUGCUGAUACUGAUUCCUUCCAAGGAGCUCAACGAUCGCUUCAAGGCCAAGCUGAAGGCCCCAAUUCCCUUUGAGCUCUUUGUGGUGAUAAUUGCGACACUGGCUUCUCACUUCGGCCACUUCAACACAGAGUAUGGCUCAGGUGUGGCUGGCGACAUCCCCACAGGCUUCCUCCCUCCCCAGUUGCCCCUAUGGUCUCUGAUUCCCAACGUGGCUGUUGACGCCUUCUCCAUCGCCAUCGUGGGAUUUGCCAUCACCGUCUCACUGUCGGAAAUGUUCGCCAAGAAGCACGGCUACACAGUGGACGCCAACCAGGAGAUGUACGCCAUCGGCUUCUGCAACAUCCUGCCAUCGUUCUUCCGCUGCUUCACCACCAGCGCUGCUCUGACGAAGACCCUCGUCAAGGAGUCAACAGGGUGCCAGACUCAAAUGUCCGGGGUGGUCAGUGCCCUUGUCCUGCUGCUGGUGCUUCUGGUUAUCGCACCGCUCUUCUAUUCCCUUCAGAAGUGUGUUCUUGCUGUCAUCAUUGUGGUUAACCUCCGCGGCGCUCUACGGAAGUUCACCGACAUUCCCCGCAUGUGGCGCGUAAAUCGUGUUGACGCCUCCAUCUGGCUGAUCACCAUGUUGACCUCGUCGGUGGUCAACACGGAGCUGGGUCUCCUUGUGGGGUUUUUGGUGUCAGCCUUCUUCGUCCUGGGCAGAACCCAGCGAGUCCAGGUCCUGGAGCUUGGCAGGGCUUCAACCAGGGAGCAUUAUGAGGACCUGUCGUCUUAUCACGGCCUUCAAACACAUCCAGGAGUGGCUGUUUUCAGAUACGAAGCUCCAAUCUAUUACGCCAACCAGAGCUUGUUCAAAAAAUCUCUCUACAAGUGUGUCGGUCUCGACCCUGUGAAGGAGAAAACGCAGCGACUGAAGUUCAAGAAGAAGAAGAAGAAGAGCAAACAGCAGGAAGACGCAGCAGAAGUCCCAAAUAUGAAGUCAGAGGGGGCGGAUGAGUGUAAAGAGGAUGAAGCUGAAGCGACUGCGACUGUAACCCUGAUGCUGGACGAGAGGUCUCGCCGUAGCUUACGAAGCAUAGUCAUAGACUGUAGCGCCGUCUUGUUUCUGGAUACCGCUGGAGUCAAUGCUCUGAAAGAGGUCUGCAAAGAUUAUGGCGCACUUGGGGUCAAGGUUGUCCUGGCCCAGUGUAAUACCUCAGUACUGGACAGCUUGGAGAGAGGGGGAUACUACCCCGACAAAAAAGGAGGUGAUGGAGGGGAGAGCAAAAUUGUAUUCUUCACCAUCGCAGACGCCGUCCGCCACGUCCAAAGCCUCUCUGCUACUAACGGAGAUUGUGAUACCAAAUGCUAAAGAGAUAAUCAGUCUGUCCAACUACCUGUGUUUACAUGUGUGCAGUGUCCAUCUCAGACGACACGACAGCAAACGUCAUUGUUACCUAUGUGCCUUAUAAUGUUAAAGUGAUGGCAGCAGUUAUGUAGGAUAGAUGCAGUAGACAAUUCUUUAUUUAAUACCGUUUCGUUGAAAUACUACAAACAUCUGCAAGUCCUCCUCAUAGAAAGGGAGCCAGAGAACUUAGUAGUUAAGAGUAAAAAUGUAAAUUUCGUUUGGAAUAAUGAGCCUGAAACUGAAAACUUUGAUUCCACUCUGCAUGUGCCUACCACACUGAGUCACGAGGAGAGUGUCGACUAACUUUUAUUUCAUUCACUAAAUUAUGAACUAAAAUUAAAUAAAGUCCUGUGAUGCAGCUCUUGUGCAUUAAUUGUAAUCUUGAAAAAAAAGUUGUAGGGUUCACUGUGAUUCCUUGGGGGAGGUAAUCUCAUGCGUCUUGCUGUUAGAUUAAAUUAAACAUAUACAAUCUUUCUAUUGCACUAAUCACAGGUGAAAAAUUCCACAUUAUUCUUAAAAUAUUUAUUUUGUAAGAAACGGCCAAACUGUCCCUGAACAUGAAUGUAACUGUCAGUUUUCUCUCAUACCAGCAUUAAUCAAGGGAAAUCUUUUAAACUCGUGUUUACAAAGUCAUUAAGCAAUAAAUCAACACUCAUCUCUAAGAGGAGUGUGAGAUGGGCGAGUUCGGCUCGAGCAAACACCUGCAGAACUUCUGUUACCUUCUGUUUUGCAGCCUUGACGUAUGUAAACUGCAGUGCCUUCAGCGAUGCCUGUGCCGUGCCUACACUAUACAAAUGUAUAUACUGUGAAAGUUUUCAUAUCUUGAACGCCAGUCGCAUUUUACUGUUGCAAAAGGACGACUGCCAAUCUUUCUCUUACAGCGAAUGCCAUUAGUUCAUGAUCUACAAGCUUACUACCAAAAGUUUUUAAAGUUCAUGUUUUUGAAGUGGAGCAUCUCAUUCUGGAACAAAAUCCUCGGCUCUGGUUGUGAAACAGUGGUUUUUUUGUUUUUUGUUUAUAAAUAACCUUGUGUUCCAGCACUCAAUGUGCCGCUGCGGUGUGCUGCUUUUUAAUGUUUGUCCUCUAUCCGUGUUUGCUGAGGGUGACAACAUUACUGAUGUAGCUUUAGCUUAUGAUGUUGUAGCUCGGUCGAUACACAGUUGUCAGCUGGGUGACGGAUGGAGUUUGAAAAAGUGUUCAGUCAUGAAUGCCAUGUGAGAUUUACAUUUACACAGAUGUACACGAUUUACACAAACUGUCGAGUUUGUUUGUUUGUUGGAUUUAAGCCUGAAUUGUGUUAAUCAGACAUCAUGAGCAUUUUCUUUGUGUGGCAGAGAAAUGUCUCAUCAAACCAGCUACAAGCUACUCCAUAAAAUUGUUGCACCCUCUAUUUUAAAAACAUACCUCUACAAUUAAGCAUUUCCUAAAUAUUAAGGUCCAUUCUUUUUCAUUUUUACGAUGAUCCCGGAAAACUCAGGGGCCAGUGACAAGGUGUGAUUAUACCUUUAGUUUAACCAUGUUCCAAACUUUACAGCAGAAACGACAGGAUGUUCUGUGCUAUUAAGCAGCAGCUGCCUGUAAUUGCCUGGCAGUUUUUUUUUGUUUGAGCAAAUACUGUCACACGGGAUCGAUACAGGCCAGCUGAGUAAAGGGCAGUCCAGAUUCAUUACACAGUCCUCACUACAGCCUUUCAUGAAAACCUAUUUUUAAAAUAGCUUUCAUUCAAAUAAUAAAGAGUGGACUUUCGUUCAGAAAGCAGUGGUUGUAUGUUUAAAAAAAUAUCCUGGCAUCGAGUUAAAACUUGAGUCUAAACUUCUCUUCACACAGAAACAUAAAGGGAGAAUGAUCACGAUGAGAUGAACUCAGUGGAUUCUCAUAUUUUCUCUAUUGUGUUUGCAGCUUUACUUGUUUCUGAAACCAAACUUAAACUACCUAGCAACUUUAUUUAUAAAGCACUUAUUCCGUGAAGUAGUGACAUGUUAAGCUACUGUAUGAAAUGAAAACUAUUAUAACCUUUGCCACCUUUUACAGUACACAGGUGUUUUUUUUUUUUUAAGCCUUUGUAAACGCUGUCUACAUGUUUUGGGGUUACAGUAGCUUUUACCUGCUCUUUAACCUGAAACUAAACUGAAUGCAAAUGUAAAAGUUUGAUCCAGAUUCAGGUCUAUUGUUCUUUACUUAUCAUUUCCUGUACAUGCUGGUGACACUGCGGCUGUACAAUUAACUCCAAGGUUCACUUAUCUCAUAAUUUAAAAUAUUAUAUUGUUAUAUUUUUACAUAUAUUAAAAAAAUAUAUGAAACA